AGUGGGUCCAGAGCCGGCGAGAGGAUGCGGCGGGCGGGCUAGAGCGGCGCCGGCCGGGCGGGUGGGGCGACCGGAUCAUGGAGGUCGAGCAGAGCUUCUCGGAUAUCUGCGGCGGUCGCCUGGCUCUGCAGCGCCGCUACUACUCCCCAUCCUGCCGGGAGUUCUGCGUCAGCUGCCCUCGGCUUUCGUUGCGCUCGCUCACCGCUGUCACCUGCACCGUGUGGCUAGCGGCCUACGGACUCUUCACCCUGUGCGAGAACAGCAUGAUCCUCUCUGCUGCCAUCUUCAUCACCCUCUUAGGCCUGCUUGGUUACCUCCAUUUUGUGAAGAUUGAUCAGGAGACUCUCUUAAUCAUUGAUUCCCUUGGCAUCCAGAUGACUUCAUCUUAUGCCUCAGGCAAAGAAAGUACCACCUUCAUUGAGAUGGGCAAGGUGAAGGAUCUUGUCAUUAAUGAGGCUAUUUACAUGAUCUCGGCUAUCUGGUUUAUUUUCUUACAGCAGAAGGUCAUUUACUACCUCUGCAUUUUAUUGAAGGAUCCAGUGGAACCACAUGGGAUAUCUCAAGUAGUACCUGUCUUCCAGAGUGCCAAGCCCCGGCUGGACUGCUUGAUUGAAGUCUACAGGAGCUGCCAGGAGAUCCUGGCACACCAGAAAGCCACCUCAGCAAGCCCGUGAGUCCCAGCAUUCAGAAGGCCAGUAUUGUCUUCCAUGGGAGAUGACUCCUAAGCCAUAGUGGCUGGUUUAUUUUCUGUAUUCUAAGCCAUCAGGUGGACACAGUCCUAGGAACCAGUGUGGAUGCAGUGGAUCUCAGAACCAUAGAGAAGGUGACUGGAAACCUAAUUCACUGUGUGAUGUUGAGCCAAGUAUUUAUUUGUAUUUUAGCAUUCCCCUUAUAAGGUUUUGCCUACCUUACCAACUGAGGAGAGACCUUAUGAAAGGAUAUGUCAAAAGUAAUGUUCACAAAGCACUUUGUAAAAUUCCUAAGCACGUUGAGGUUUACUUUCUGUUUAAAUUUGUGGAACAAGACAAUGGGAAAGUGAUAUCAGAUCUCUCUUGAGAAAGAUAAUUUCCAACUGCCUAGUACCUCUGUAUAGAAGUUAAGAAAAAAAGUUCUUCGGGUACUGGUUAGCAGGAAAAAGUAUCCUAUAAGAGACUAGUCUCUGUCCGCCCAGCUCCUGUUUUCUGUACAGGGUUAAUUUAUGACAACUUUCUUAAUAAACAGAUCUCCUUCCAAAACAUA